AUGAAUAUGAAGGUUUUCGCUAUACUCUCUGGGCUGUUUGCCACCUCCGUGGUAGCAGGAGUUAUGCAGAAUGCCAACGGUCAACCUGAUAAUCAGGUUGUAAAAAGAGAGGCUGCACUCGAGCCCUGCUGUGGUUUUAAGUGCUAUAAGGGGCUAGGGCUAACCUCUCGGACACAAGGACUAACAAUGGAUAGUAUCUUACCAACCUUGAGCCCUACUGUUGUAACGAUGGUGGCCUUUGUGGUGCAACUGAAGGUGGCUCAGGGCAAGUCAAAAGCGGCCGAGGAGAUGUACCAGCGAGCCCUGGCAGGCAAGGAGAAGGCAUUUGGUCCUGACCACUCGGAAACCGGUACAGCGGUAAACAAUCAGUUCUAG